AUGACGCCGACCUUCGCAUCUUUAGCUCUUCGUGGAUGCUUUCUCUGGGCAAAGAUGCAGGUCAACGAUCGCGUAACAUACUCCAGGCAGUGUUCAACAGUGCUGUGCACGAACCGUAAGGCUCAGCGCACGAAUGUGUUGCCUGGUGGUUCCGGGAGACUUUCGCAGGUGCUGAGAGCCUCUCGCUUUGUUGAGUCGACGGCCGCUCAUCGAAACUCUGGUUUCUCACAACAUUCCGGAUUCAUCGACGAUUUCAGAAAAAUCCCCAACCUUUCGCGAAGUCUUUUUGGCUUCAUGCGACCUCAUACAAUUUAUGGAACACUGAUAAGCAUAGUAUCGAUCAGUCUCAUGGCCGCCUCAGUAGAUUCAUCGCCAUACAACACUUUACUUUGGAAGCUCUGGCAGGUGAUAUUUUGUGCGUUGGCGAUGAAUGUCACUAUUGUGGGGCUCAAUCAAAUAUACGACAAGAAGAUGGACAAGAUCAAUAAACCUUAUUUGCCACUCGUGUCAGGCGGCUUUACAACAGACACAGCACUAACAACCAUCGCUGUAUGCUGUUCGAGUUCUGUCAUCUGCGGAACGUUGACACAAUCUUUCCACCUUUUGACUACUCUUGUUUUGAGUUUGUUACUCGGAGUUAUCUACUCUACAGACUUUAAGUUACUUCGCUGGAAGCGGAUUCCUGCGCUUGCAAUUGUGUGCAUUCUCAGCGUGAGGGCUAUCCUAGUGCAGUGGGGUUUCUUCGGGCACUUCAUGUCAAGUUAUAUUCCUUAUUGGGCAAUGCCAGAAAAUUUGGCCUUUUCGAUACUUUUUAUGAGCGUUUACUCCGUAGUGAUUGCGUUGUUGAAGGAUACCCCAGAUUUGGUUGGUGAUUCGCAAUCUGGAAUGCGAACGCUGGCAGUGCGACUCGGCGUUAAACCAGUCUUGAGGCUGUGCUGUUUGCUCUUGUUUUUGGCUUAUUCAAGUGGGAUUUUAGUCGGACUUAGCCGUUCAGAUUCGUGUAUUCAAAUGAUUGUGUUGACCUUGGGGCAUUCGCUUUCCCUUAUUCUGAUUUUCAUCAAAUAUUCGAAAACGGAGCAUGCGUCAUCGAGUUCACUUUACUCAUUUUACAUGUUCAUCUGGAAGAUGUUCUACUGUGAAUACUUCAUGCUACCCUUCCUUUGA